AUGUUGUACGCUGUCCUUCGGACGUCGUGGACGCGGACACGGGGUCCGUUGGCUGCGACGACGACGACGUUCCUAAGGCCUGUGGGCGUUUCGUCGUUGCUUGCUGGUGUUGCGGCUACAGCGACGCGCCGCACAUUCUUGACUUCUGCCCGCGUCGACACGCCGGCGUCUUCGUCCUCCUCGAAGUCCUCGUCUGCACGCACUACCAGCAAGGACAAAACAGCAAAGGAGAAACCCAAAGCCAAGUCCGCUGAGGCGAAGGAGAAAGCUAAAGCUAAAUCCGCAGAGGCGAAGGAGAAAGCGAAAGCUGCGAAGGAGAAAGCCAAAGCUGCGAAGGAGAAGGCUAAAGCGGCGAAGGAGAAAGCGAAAGCUGCGAAGCGGGAGCGCGCAGAGGCGCAGAGGGAGCGCAAGGAGGCGCGCAAGGAGGCGCAGAGGAAGAAGAAGGCAGAGAAGGCUGCUGCUGAGAAAGCGGCCAAACAAAACGCCAAAAACCCAUUCCGCAAGCCCAUGAACGCAUUCAACAACUUCCUCCAGCAAGCGUUCAAAGACGCGACUCCGGAAGGCGGCAAGUAUGUUGUCCCUGCUGGCUCGGAUAUGAGGACCGAGUUCGCCAAGGUUGCGCAGAAGUGGGCGUCGAUGAGUGAGGAGGAGAAGCAGAAAUACGCCGUCGACCCAAAGUCAUUCCAAGAGUACCAUGAGAAAGUAGCCGCGUGGCGCGCGACGCUUACGAAUAAGGAACGUAAGAUUCUUAAGUCGAAGUCGAAGUCGUCUGGGAUUAGAGGUGUUAAUUUGUUCUUCAAAGAUAACUUCCCCAAGUCGCUCGAGGGUACGACUUUCGCGGACGUCACGCGCGACCUGCGUGCGAAAUACAACGCGCUUUCGGCUGAAGAGAUAGCGGUGUAUGAUGAGCGUGCGCGGGUGAUUAAUGAUGCGAAGAAGGAGGAGAAGGCAAAGGCGAAAGCGGAGAGGAAGGCUGCUAAGGAGGCUGCUGCUGCUGCUGCUUCCGCUGCUUCUGCGUAA